GUCAUCGGCCAAACGGUCAAAAGCUUCUGUCGGAGGAGAGCGCGCCACCGGGAGUCUCCAUGAAGUGUCUGCGCUGAAGACGCUUCCGCCGGCCAGUCCCCAAGCAGAUGCCACCGCAUCGGGAGGCUAGGGACAAACGACUCGCUCGAUCUCGAAGAUCUCCAAAGGGCUUAAGUUCAAUCCCAAGUAAGGAUUCUUUCUUGUUUUGUUGUAUUGCUUUCUUUGGGCGGAUCUGAGAUUUAUCCUUUCUCAGGGCCAAAGCUAUGAUGCUUGGUGGCGACUCCACCCCUUUUUCCAUGGCAACUCCUUCGCCGGCCACGGUCAUCACUGCGAAGCCGUUGGCUAUUGCCCCGCCAUCUGUGGUGGCGAACUAGUUUGCGCUUGGCUCCUACUACACUCCUUUCGCGCUGUUAGGAGCGGUUGGUCCUAGGGCUCCGCCUUCCGCAGCUACUCCGAGUGCCAUGGCUACAGGAUCUCUUGUCUCUGUUGCGCAACGAGAUGCAAGCUCUGUGCCUCGGCCUUCGGUGAUGGUGGAUACGAACCCCCAAGCGGGGUUGGAGAAGGUUGCGGAGACCAGAGCUAUCGGCUCUGGUCAGAAGAUACGUGCUGACACCGGGGCCGGGGGCUCCGGUUUGACUAUUGUUGCAAAGUCGGGGAUCACUCCUGAUUCCGGCAAAGGAAAUCUUGAUGCAGUCGCUCUGGUGGCGACUAAGAAAACACCAAGCACGCUGGCCGUUGAAGGAGUCGCUUCGGUGACAUCCUUCAAGUCAGCUAUGGAAAUUGCUGGGAAGCUCCACCAGGUGGAGCUUGACACUGUGAACGCCGAGCUGGAUGCUCUAAAGCGCCAACUUGCUGUUGAGCAAGAGAGAAAUCUAGGCCACUCGAAAGAGCUGGUUAAUCUUUGUGAGAAGCAUGAGCAGGCCAUGAUUCGCCUUCGUGAGGAAUUGUCGUCAGCUCUGGAGGCGGCAAAGGAUGGCUAGGGCAAAGCAGAGUCUGUGUUGAAGAAUCUGAAGGAUAACUCUGACGUCUAGAUGAAGUGCAUCAAAAAACUGGAGGAGGGUCAACUGAACGGUGUCAACGAGGCGCUACAAAAAGCCUUCCCCCAGUUGCUUGGCGCUGACCUCUUGUCACUCGCUCGCAAGGUUUUUUUUCUCGGUAGGCAAAAAAUAUCGGUGGGUACCGGUAUUUCAGAAAUUUUGGAAAUACCGGCAAAAUACCUGCCGAGAUUUGUCAAACCAACUCACUAUUUUGUUCAAAAUUUAUAUAAUUUUUUUUAAUUUGACCAAAUUAUUUAAAUACCCGAGAAUUUCGUUCGGUAUUUCUUUUUCUCGGUGGUAACCGGUAAAACCGGUUUUCGCCGAAAUCUCGGAAAUUCCGGCCGAGAAAAAAAAACCUGCUCGCUCGGGAUGAUCGGCUUUCCUUUGUUUGGAAACGAACGGAGGAAAUUGAUCACGCCCUGAUCUCCAUCCUUCAGUACCUUGCACCCGACGAGCCUCUUCCAAAGGAGUUCGAGCCCUUCCUGGUGGCACUAUAGGACGUUCCCAUCAUUGUUUACUGGUGGAAAAGGUCAUCCUAUUGCGGCAGUAUCACCCAGGCUCUCACGUAUACUUGCUCCCAUCACCCCAACGCUGCGAUUCCAGUGAUUUCGCUUGGGUUUAUCGGCGAUGGCAGUGACGAGAGUCGGAGGGAAGCUGAUGCCGCCCUUGAAUUAAUAUUGCAAGUUGUUUAGUGCCCGUAUCCAGAGGGAAGUUGAUAUGGACUCGUUCUAUCCGUCGGAAGGCCCUCCAGAAGAUCUUGGCAAGAGUGAGCUGCAAGUUGACUAUGCUUCGUCGACUCCCUUUGGUACUCUCCGCGAGGGUCGCCUCUACAACUCCAGGCCGAGGUUUGUCGGGGAGCCGGAGGAUUCGAGUGAUGAAGAAGCCCCCGAGACGGAGAUGGAGUCGACUGAUACUGCUCGCGUUCCUAGGGAAAACA